AUGACAACACGCUAUAGAAUAUUUAAUUCUGAUCAUUUAGGACAAGCAUGGUCACUCUUGAAUGAAUAUAAUGAUUUUUGUUGUAUAGCACAACAUCGUAAGAAAGUCGAAGAACAACUUCAUAAUGCUAAUAUUCCAUUGAUAUAUGUUCCAUGGAAAUCAAUGGUUCGUACUUUACUGUGUCGAAGUUUAUUUAGUGAUAAACAAUUAAAAGAAAUGAAUAUUCAUACUGAUCAGUGUUGUACUGAAGUUGAUAUUGCUGCGAGUCAAGCUAUUGUUAAUUUUCUACUUGAAAACAACCAACAAAAUGAAAAAAAUCUUACAGAAACAUGGUUUGAAAUUAAUCAAUUAAAAGAAUGUUUUCAAAAAGCAAUAAACAUUCUUCCAGCAAAUCGACAUGAACGAUUAGAAAUGUUUCAUAAAAUCUUAGGUUAUCCAACAGGGUAUUCUGAAAAAGGAAUAGAUGAUGUUUUAAACAAUAAGGAUGAUAUUGAAUCAUUGGAUUUAAACAAUGUUCUAUCAAUUGAUAAACAACGUCAAAUGCAUACAGGUGAUCUCAUUGAAUUCAGUGGCAAUCGAUUACAUGAUGCAUUUUAUAUAUAUCGUUUACCAGCAAAAGGUAUUUGGACUCAAAUUCAACAAAUGUGGUCAAAACAUCAAAUCACAAAUUUUAUAUUUAAUAAUGCAGAAACAGAUCUUAAAGAAGACGAGAUCAUUCUUGUACCAGCCAUGGAUGAAUAUGGUUAUGGUGUUCCUUAUUUAUUUGCUACAAGACCAACAGAAUUAUUACCUGAUGGUGCACUUCAUAAAUAUGUUGAUAUCAAUUGUCCUCUUGUAUCUAUGCAUAAACAAAAUCCAACAAUUGCACUUGUACAACAACACCUUAAUGAACGUUUAAAGAAUCCUGUAUAUCAAGACAAAUACAUGAAUGUCGAAAUGAGUGUAGAAUUACAUAGAUUUCCACAAGAAUAUGUUGCUUUUGUACAUAUAAAUGAUGCACCUAAAGAUAAUGUCUUGUGGACACAACGAGUUCAUUACAAUGGCAAGGAAAUUGCUCGAGAUUUAAAUGAUAAUUUAGAAAUAUUUUUUUCACGCCGAAUUCUGGAAUCCGAAGAACAAUACAAGCAAACAAAAAAAGUUAAUAUUUGA